AUCGAGUUCGUUAUAUUCAAGAUUCUUGUAAAGUAUUGUCUGAUCUUUGAAAAAUAAAUAAAGAUUUUGUAAGCUAAAUAAAAGUAUUGAUAAGGAUGUAUCAAAAUCAUUGAAAGAAUUUCAUUUGAGUGAUGUUGCACGUUGUUAUCGUUCUCCAUAUAGAACAAAUGGUACUUUAUCGAUUUUAAAUCAAACAGUUGAAGAUUUAAUUCAAAUACAUGACUUUAUUGAUUCAAAAUGAAAAGGAUGGCUUGAACAAUUUUAAAAAAUUAUUGAACAAGCUAGAGAUAAACAAGUAUUUGCUUAUUUAUUGAUUUAUUUUUAAUAUAAGUCAACUGUUCGUCAAACAAUGACUGAACUAAGAGAUAAUUAUGAAAAAGCUCAACGAAAAUUAGAAACAGCUGAUGCCAAUUUAAAAAAAGUUUCUGUUUUUAUUCUUUAAAAUAAAAAAUGUUCUAAUUGUUUUGUUAAGAUUUCAAACAUGAUCUGAUCGUUUAACAUUAGCAAAUUUUGAUGAACGUUUACGUGAAUUAGAAGAUAUUCGUUGUGAAUGUGAACAAUCUCGAACAUUAUCACGUGAUAUAUAUGCAACUGAAACAUAUAAAAUAGUUAGUGAAGAACAUUCAAUUACAAUUAAAAUGCCUGACAUUGAACAAAGAUUAGAAAAUUAUGAUUUAAUUCCAUUAUUUGGUUAUGAUCUUAUAAAACAUUGUUCAAAAAGAAAAGGUACAUUAGUUGCUUAUCCAAUUGAAAUAUGUAUUCGUCUAUUAGAAAAUAGUUUAAAUGAAGAAGGUCUUUUUCGUAUUGCACCAUGA